AUGUCAGCCUACAAAUCUCAAGCAUCGGACAGCAAAGCUACUUUCAAACAUGAUCUUUUCAAGGGGAAAGUCCUCUUUUGUACAGGAGGUCGAAGUGGUAUAUGCUAUAAGAUAGUGGAAACAAUGAUGUCCCACGGAGUAGACGCGGCAAUCGUAGGAAGAGAUGCGAAAGGAUUAGCAGAAUCUGCUGAGGCAUUGGAAAAAUCCACAGGACAGAGGUGUCUUCCUACUUCAGCAGAUGUCAGAGAUCCAAAACAGUUAGGAAAAGCUGUAAAGGAUACGGUAGAUAAAUACGGUAAAAUCGAUUUUGUCAUUUGUGGUGCCGCUGGUAACUUUCUCGCGCCGAUCACAUCCCUCUCUUCCAACGCUUUCAAAGCGGUUGUCGAUAUCGAUCUCCUGGGUACAUACAACACCAUAAAAGCUACUUUACCAUACGUCCGCGAGAGUCAUGGAUCAUACCUUCACAUCUCAGCAACAUUGCAUUACAGGGGAUUACCUUACCAGGCUCAUGUAUCUGCUGCUAAAGCAGGGGUCGAUGCCCUCAGUAACGUCUUAGCUGUUGAGGAAGGUCCAAGGGGAGUAAGGAGUAAUGUAGUUGCACCUGGGCCAAUAGGAAAUACCGAAGGAAUGUCAAGGUUGACCCCUAAAGGAUGGCAGGCUCAGAAUGAUAUACCACUAGGUAGAAUGGGAGAUACCUCCGAUAUAGCAAAUGCAGCUCUGUUCUUGUUCUCCCCAGCUGCCAAUUGGAUAACAGGAACUGUUCUGGCGGUAGACGGAGGUGAAAAUCAUAUUAGACAAUUAUCUUUACCUUAUCCACAAUCUUUGUUAGAUCCAGACAGCGUGAAGGGUUUGAUCAAAGGGAAGUUGUAG